AUGGGCCCCUGUACCGCCCUCCUCAUGCUGCUGCCAGGCCCGUAAUCUGCCAUGGGCCCCCGUACCGCUUCCUCUUGCUGCUGCCAGGCCCGUAAUCUGCCAUGGGCCCCUGUACCGCCUCCUAAUGCUGCUGCCAGGUCCAGAGUGUCUCAUGGGUCCCUGUACGGCCUCCCAUUGCUGCUGUCUCCAUCGCCACACUCUGCCAUGUGCCACUUUCAGGUCUCCUCACACUGCUGGUGGGUUCCAUUUUUGUCAUAGGGUGCUGUAUGGCCUCCCAUUGCUGCUGCCUCCACCGCCACACUGUGGCUCCACACUCUGGUUUUGGUCCCGUGACUGCCCAAAUGAGUGAAGUGUGCGGUGAUUCUAAGAUCGACGGCACUCAUCUGCAUGUCAUACUGACUGACAGUAUUAUUUCUCUUCCCCAGCAGACUCCAAGGGCAUUUAAAUUAAAGGUACAGUGUUCAGCACUAAUAUAA